AUCUCUAGCCUGCAGAAAACUUUCAGUCAUCCUGUCACAUACUUAGCUUGGUACAUCAAACAACAACGUAUUACACUAGAAAAGAUUAGAAAGAAGCUAUGCCAUUACUUGACUUUUGAACACUGGUAGAAUCCAUAGAACCCACGACAUUUAUAUUUGAAUUAGUGGCAGUAAUUAACGCGGACUUCUGUCCGAACCUCUCAAACUGAUUUCCCUCCAAAAUUCCAUUAAUGGGAUGUGGCGGGCAUGUGGCUCGUUUGCCGAGUCCAGAGUUUUCCAAUCCAUCCUUUCUCGUUUUACAGAUCAGCUUGGCAAACAAAAUGGCUUCAGCUGAAGUUGAGGUACCAAACAACUUUGCAAAUAACUUUUGGGGCCGCAAUGAUGCCGGCACGGAAAUCCUUCGAGCUCGAAUGUUGAGCUCCAAGCAAACGAACGAGGACCUCAAAACCUUUUACAAUGUCAAGACAUUGCGGCGACUGUUGGAUGGUAUCCGAGAUGAACUGGAAGCAGUUGGACAAAACAACGUAACUCUUGCACAGAGAAUCCGUAAUAGUUUGGAAACCCCUCUCCAAAACUUCAUUACGGACCAACGAGACCAGAGAAAGCUGAUUCAAGUAGGUGUGGACAAGCAGCAAAGAAACAAACAGCUUCACAUCAAUCAUGUAUACAAGUCAAGGGAGAAAUACUAUGCAGAAUGCUCAAAGAUGCUCAAUCUUCAAAAUCAACUUGAAACAUGUAUAGCCGGUCGCGAGUAUGAAAAGAUCAAACAAAAGCAUGAGAAGUCACGGCUGGAGGUAAAGACCUCAGAUAAGGAAUAUCAAGCUGCGUGUACAGGACUUAAGAAUGUGAUGCAACAAUGGCAAAACGAAUGGAAAAUUGCAUGUGAUAAAUUUCAAGAAAUGGAGGAGAAACGAAUAGAAUUUCUGCAUCACAGCUUAUGCGUCUAUGUGAACAUAUUACAGACAGUUACCGAUCAAGAAAGAGAGUCUCAUGAACAGAUAUGGGAUCUGCUGGACCAUUGUGAUGUGGAACAAGAUAUUCAAUAUUUCAUCGAGAAGCAAGGAACGGGGAAUAAUAUACCAGAACCACCUUCAUACAUUGACUUCUUUUCGGAAACCCGUGAUGAACAACCAAAAUACAGCAUCGCCAACUUUGCUGGACGACAGAACAGUAAACGACUGUCUACCAGUGCUAUACCCAACAGUAAGAGCGAUCAAGAACUGAAGCGGGCUUCUACUCAAUCUCUGCAAUCUAUUACACAACCCUUACAGCGGGCAUCCUCCACACGGCUAUCCUCCAGCAUAGAACGAGACAGCCGGCAACUUUCGAACGCCGGUGACGAAGAAAUUUUUAUUGAGGAUUCUGCACAGGGAGUUCUUGUCCCUAUUGUUACGAAAAAGACAAGUAGCCAGAUCCAAUCUCUAGAAUCCUCUAGAGUUCAGUCUCUGGAGUCCUCCAGGGUUAUGAAUCAAGCAUCAGAUGAUGUAUUUCAUACAACGGAAAGAGCGAAAAUUCACGAAUACAGUGACGGAGAAUCCACACCUAGCCAUUCCCAUCCCAAAAAAUCUUUCGUCACUAGGUUAUCACGAAAGCUUAGUCAAAACCUGGAUCGCUCGUUUGACCAUGCCCUUGAAGGAUUGAUUUAUAAGAUGGAAAAGGGAAGAGAUGUUAAUGAUGUCGAAUAUUCACCGACGAAGACCUCUGCCCGAUCCAACUCAUACCGGCGUGCUCCAUCACCCGUUAGAAAUACCUCAUCUUCCAGUGCUGCUUCCAAAAGCGGACGACCCACUUCACCUUAUCUACCGGGUGGAUGGCCUAAUAACGAGCCAAAGGUCUCACUAUCGACCUCAGCCAAGAUCAUUUCGGAACGUUCCGGUGUGAUACAGUCUCCCUCCCCUUCAUACUCAACAGGCACAGCGAUCGGUGCCAAGACGUCUUCGGCUCGAGACCCACGCGGUAGUAUCAAGAUGAAUGCCCCUCCAGCCAUGCGAAGAUCAGUCGUACAGCAACAGUCUCUCAUGCCACAACCACCACCUUCACAAGAGAAACAAGUUGCUUCACACGAUGGAGGCGAGCCUAUAAUAUGCUGGGCUAUUGCGCUCUUCAACUACCACGCAAAGUACGACGACGACCUGACGUUUGAACGAGGGGACUGGUUCGCUAUAACGCAGAUGGAUCAAGGAGGGUGGUAUAUGGCGCAUGCAUGGAAUGUGACGGAUGCGCGAUGGGUCGGCAAAUAUGGCUAUGUGCCAAGCAACUUUCUACAACCUGCAAAAUGAUGAGGCAUAUUUAAACUGUAUUUUCGUUGUCUCCAAAAUCAUAGAAACUGGGUAUCCAAUAUUUGUCCUCUUCUCCUGGCGAUAAAUCCAACCAUGCCAAUCCGUCUUGUAACAGAUUAUCCUAAUUUUUGUAUUUAAAUGUUUAUAAUGAAAAUGAUCAGUUUGCAAUCCAUGGUCUAAUUUGACAUACACUAUCAA